AUGAGCAGCACUAAAUCGACCAUGUCCGAUGAGAUGCCUGCUGAUGAUGUGCUGCAGGAUGCUCUGUGGGCCGCCAGUGCCCGUUUGCCUAUGUCCUUACCUUUGGAGGAAACUAGCACAGUUCCGGAUGAUGCGACUCUUCGAGCUUUCCUGCGGAGCCACAUCCCUGUGAAACCGUUACCGCGACCUCUUCCAGAACCGCGUGCCAAAGUGGCACCUGAGUCUUCUGUUGCCUCCAGCAACACCGUACAGGCAACAGCAGUUCCUCCUGAUGGUGCUGCUCCAGAGACAAGCGAGUCAGUGCAGGUGAAACCGUUACCUCGACCUCUUCCACAACGGCGUGCCACAGUGGCACCUGAGUCUUGCGUUGCCUCCAGCAACACCGUAGAGGCAACAGCAGUUCCGUCUGAUGGUGGUGCUCCAGCGACAAGUGCGUCAGUGCAGGACUGGGGCACAGCGGAGAGUGCGGAUGCCUAUCUGGAACGCACGCUGCCCGAGCUCACGAGCAUGUUGCGUGAGGCUUUGGGUUCCCAGGCUGCUACUUCCUCUGCCAUAUUCAGUCGCAGAACUGGGGUGCUGCGUAGCGCUGGUGUCGUGACCACAGAGACAGAGUGGCUGCACGUUCCUGCAGACGAAGCACCUGAACCUCAUCCGGCUCAACGCAAGAAGCAGAGGUGUGAAGAGCCUGGGUACGACCGUGAGGAGUGGUACGAAACAGGUUGGUUUGAUUCUCGAAGAGAAUGUGAAAGGGUCGUCUACGACGUGAAGCGGCAGCCAUCCCAAGCAGCCAUGGAGAAGCGACAAGACUGGUGGCGAAAGCGCCAAGCAGCAAAGGGAGGCAAAAAAAAAGCUGCGUUCAUGCCUUCCAAUGUUGCCUGGCGUUUUUUGAUCGCCUCCGCGGAGUAUACGAACAGCAAACCCAAGAAGAAGGAGAUGCCAAAGAAACAAGGAAGGAAAGCCAACGCCAAGAAGAUAAUCCAGAAGAAGCAAAAGAAAGGGGCACCUCGGACCAUGAAGGUGUUCAAGAAGCCAAGCGGCAAGAACGUGCCCAAGAAGGACGUGCCGGAUGAUCCGCCCAAGACGCCAGAACGGCGGACCCGAAAAACACAGCGAAUAACCGCGGACAACCGCUUCGGAACCAUGACGGUGAUCCGUCCAAACGACGGUCAUCCGUCUUCCGCAUGUCACAGAAUUCAAUCACAGAAUGGGGCAGAGACGGGGCAGAGACGGGGCAGAGACGGGGCAGACACGGGGCAGACACGGGGCAGACACGGGGCAGACACGGGGCAGACCGGGGCAGACACGGGGCAGACACGGGGCAGACACGGGGCAGACCGGGGCAGACACGGGGCAGACACGGGGCAGACACGGUGCAGACCGGGGCAGAGCAAUGCAUGUUCCCCUUCUCAGUCGCUGCGAGCUGCCCAAGACAUCCAUCAUCACCCGCUCGCAACCAUGGCUGACCAGCCCCAAGCUCUUGUUGCAUCAGAAGCUCCUGAGGGUUUCGUCACGUGCGACCGGUGUUCCUUGCCUGUUGCCGAGUCCGAAAUGGCAGCGAAACGGAACGAGCACACCAAGCAAGUGGAGUGCAAAUCUUGCCGAUCGCUUUUGAGUCUUUUGAAGUACCACGUGAGCCCAACCGAGGUUUUUUCGAAGAUGUCGAAGGAUGAGGUGACCGGUUUUUUUCAACGAGCCCUGGAGGAGCGCAAACAGAAUGGUGGCAUUCUCAAGUACGAGGUUGUGCGCUCCAACUUGUUGAAGCACUUCCAGAAACGCAUCACAGACGUGGCGAAGCGCAGUGCUGGCGGGACCUAUCAACCAUUGUCCUGGUGGUCCCAGAAUGGGUAUGAUCCCGUCGCAGUUCAAGAGAAAGGAUUCGCCAUGACCUGCCCAGUCUUCGGUACCGUCUACCGUGUGGACCUUGUCACCAUCAAGCAGACCCAUGCAGAAGAAGAGGCGGAGAGUCAAAUGGUUGAGUUAGAGCAACGUGUGAGUCACAAGCGCACGACCACGGAGCACGCUGGCAGCAAUGGAGCCAAGCGUGUGAAGGGCCGAGGCAAAGGCAAGGGCAAGGAGGACGCUCCGAUGAUCGAAGAGCCGUCCGCUCAGGCCUUAGCAGAUGAUGGGGUGUUGCAGACCAUUGUGGACUUGGAGUGUGCGUCAGACGAUGACGUGCAGAUAGUCCUUCCAAAGGCAAGCCGCGGCAACGCCGACAAGCAGGCACAGAGGAAGCGUGAACAGGAGUUGAAGAAAGAACACAAGACAGUGUCUAUGCUAGCUGGCAAAGCUUUGCCAGCAUUGCAGCCUGUGUCAAACAGACUGGAGAACUUAGUCAAGGCCUUGGAGCCAAAGAAGGAGGAGCUGCCAGAAAUGACCGUUCGUUUGAUGCAUGAGAACAAACUGCGCUUGGAGAAGAUGGUUCACAGCUUCCAGCAGAUCAUGUUGAAGGUUGGGCAGAACGCUGCUGUGAACUUCACCGAUGUCACCUUCACGUGCAAGAAAAAUGGGGAAGCCGGGGUCACUGUCGCGAUCACAUCUGAGAAAGAGCUCCAGAGUGAAAUUAAAUCCUUGCAAGAAUGCUGCAAGGCGCUGCAAAUUGCCAAGAAAAACCUUGGCAAGUAG